ACCCGGCAAUCCGGAAGGGAGCGAGGAAGGGAAGCUCGCAAGCGCCAGCUCGGCUCGCCACUCGCACAAGUUCGUAACAUGGCUCUCGGCGACUGCUGGAAGAACUUGUCGUGGUUCUACCGCCAGUACCUUCUGGUGACGGCUCUCUACAUGCUGGAGCCGUGGGAGAGGACAGUCUUCAACUCGCUGCUGGUCAGCGUGGCGGGCAUGGCGGUGUACACGGGCUACGUCUUCAUGCCGCAGCACAUCAUGGCCAUCCUGCGCUACUUCCAGAUGGUCCAGUGACUGCGAGGACGAUGCGGUUCCGCGCGUGGACCGAGAUUUGGACUGCCAUUCUGCGCGUGUUCCCGCACGCUUGCCGCCUUCUUAAAAUGGACAGAACAAUCGCUCAUUCCUUUUUACGUUUGUCAGUUUUUUUUUCUUUGUCUGAAGUCAACACUGUUUGCGGCUGUCAUGUGACAUCCACAUUUUAUUUUUUAUUUUUUUUUGGGGGGGGGGGUUGUAUCACAAAUAAGUGUCGCGUCAUCUCCUUUCGGGAGGGACGAUAUGAAUUAAAAAUGUCAAGUGUUUUGUCAAA